CACGUCACGUCAAGCAGUGGGCACCACGUGACGUGUGUGUGUGUGUGAUGGGACGCGCAGCACCGUCCCUUCAGUUCGGCUGUGGCUGCGCCGAGCUGAGGACGUGGGGUGCGUGACUGCUCUCUGCUGGCCGAUGCUUUAUAAUUUCAAAUACAAAACAAUGGGUGAACAAAAGGAGGCAGUUGUACAUCUAAAAUGUGUAGCACGAAUAGCAAGCAUUCCCCUCAUUGAGACUAGUUGGACAUAUGCAUCAGACUUUUACACAAAAGUAAAGGUAUCAAAUCCUCUCUUCAACUGGGGCUUGUCAACUGCUGAAGCCACAGUCCAAGCUGCUGUGGAACGUACAAAACCAAUUGUUUCAAAAUUUGAAGUCCCAUUAAGUCUUGCAGAUUCACUUGUAUGCAAGAGCUUAGACCUUGUAGAAAAACAAUUGCCUGUUAUCACACUUCCUCCUGAACUGAUUUUUGUCAGCACCAAGGAUUAUGUGAGCUCAACAAUUGUGCAACCUGUUCUCAAGAGAGCAGACUCAGUUAAACAAUUUGGCAGAGAACAAGCACAUACAGUUCUUGAGAGCAAAUAUACAAACUUUGCAGCCUAUAGACUGGACAGUGCACUUGAUUUGGCAGAUAAAUAUAUCGACCAAUAUCUUCCACCCGCCGAAGGCACACAAGAGGAAUCAAUUGAAACAAAUAAUACUACAGGAAGCAAAGCAGUCCAGGCACUUCACAAAGCAGACCGAGUGACAAAAAAACUUCAGAGGCGCUUAACACAGCGUACCCUGGCAGAGGCGAGAGCCCUUAAGAAGCAAAGUGAAGACACAUUGCAAACUUUAAUGUACUUAGGUGAAUUGCUUGUCAAAGACCCAAAAGCUGUUUUUGAACUAAGCAAGGAUCUGUGGGCCCAUCUGAGUCAAGAUGAACCAGAAAACCAGGCCCCGCCAACAACACUUGAACAACUAAUGGUCAUGCUUACUCGUGAAUCAGCCCGCAGGAUAGUCCAUCUUUUCAACUACACACGAUCUGCAGUUGUAGCUUUGCCACAUAAUGUUAAUGUAUCCCUUCACAAAGCUGCUGGAUUCUGUUCAGAUCUUUCUGAUGCUUUAGUUAAGGCAGCCCAUCUGGAAGAAGCAAGAAAUAAAGUUAUAUCAAAUGCCAGGCAGAGAAUAUUAUUUAUUCAGAAACUGAUUUCAGAUAUCAACUCUUAUGCGACUAAUCAACUUGGAAUUGUGCAUCAUUAUUGCACUACAUCAGCACAGACACUCUACAAGAUGUGCUACUGUCAGAUUUUGCAGCGUUUGAGGAGAGCAGAUUGCCACAAAAUGGUGGCUAUGCAUGAGAACAGUGACCAGCAACUCAGCCAUGGCAACGCAUCUGCCCAUGCAACACAACAUGGGCAGAAAUUUCCCCCUAAGAACCACUUUCCAGAGUUCCAGCAGCCACUUUUUCUGCCAGAUCCUGCAUCCAGUGAUCUUUUCCUCUCCCUGAGAAACAACAACCAUUGGGAAAGAGAAAGAUAUCAAGAGAUACACCAGAAUCUGCUGAGGGAGCUGUCCCCUAUUUCCGAAGAUGACUUCUAAAAAUGCUUCGUGCAGUAGAAACAACACUGGGCUAAAUGUGUGGCUUCAGAAUGGGACUGCUUUGCAGGAGACGCUGACAAAGUCAGGUUCCAGAAAGGGAGAGAGCAAGAAAGCACCAUCUUCUAGAAAUGGAGAAGUGCAACCUACUGAAAACAAAUCUGCUGUGACCAAAUAUCGACGUUAAUGUAACAUAUGUCAUGCUUAUUUUCGAGAAAAAAUUCAUUGAUUUAUUUGGUGGAGAAUUUUUUGGGCAUUGUGUAAUAAUACAAUGAUGGAACUGAAGCAUGUAAAAAUGUGUUGCCAAAAAUCAUCACAGCUAUAUUCCAAAUUCUUCAAAAGGAUGUUUCCAUAUUCCACACAAUAUAGUUAGUUUUUGCAUCUGAAAGGAAUGUACUGAAACACAAAAUAUACACUAUUAAUUCAAUUAAAUUUUGGAGAUCCAUUUGAGGAUAAAUACAGUAUGAAGUAUUGAGUAUUUUCAUAAACAGGGUUUAGAAUAUUUUUUGAAACAAGCUUUGUUUGUAACUUUUUUUGCAUAUUCCAGAUGGACAAUAUGACCUGGCAAUUUGCUUCAUUAAAGAUUUUUGUCAUGUCAUUAUGCAGUGAAGAAAAUUAUUCUCUGAAAGUCUAGGCUAAACAAUGUCUUUAACCUGUGUUAUCAGUCAGUAAAAACAUGCUGUCUGUUGAUGUACUCUUAAAUAUUAUAAAUCAUUCAAAAUACAUCUGACAUUAUUUGUUUCUUAGGUGAAAAAAGAUGAAAAUAUGUAAUUUUAAAUGUAUGGUGUGUGCAUGGCUAAAAGGUACUGAACAAAACUGAAUUUUCAUAAUUUCUCAGUGGAUACAUUGUUAAUGUAACAUGAACCACAACUUUUAUUAGUGAAAUUUCCUUCAUUGAAUAACCAUUAAUGAACCUCAACUGAACAAAGA